AUGGCCUUGAGCUUGAAUCUUUUCCACUGCUUGUAUAAGUUCAGAGUGUUAGUGCUUGUCACUUUGUGCUUGAUGGUGCUAUGGACGACAUUCAGUUACUUUGUGGACUCCAGACAGGAAAUUUCUAAAGCUAAAAACAUGAUGGAGGUUUUCAGAAAGAUAACUAGCUUGGAGAACAGUCAAAGGGAAGAGAAGGUUGAAUCAAAUACGAAUGUUCCCGCGUUGAAGUCAUUUCAGGGUCUCUGCCCAGCUCUGUCUCCGUACCUGCGAGGUGCCAGCAAACUCACCUUCAAACCAUCUGUUACACUAGAAGAAGUACAAAAGGAGAACCCUCAGGUAGUUGAGGGCCGGUAUCACCCUACCGAGUGCUCAGCGCUGCAGCGUGUGGCCAUCCUGAUCCCACACCGCAAUCGAGAGAGGCAUCUGCUGUACCUCCUGGAGCACCUCCACCCCUUCCUACAAAGGCAGCAGCUGGACUAUGGCAUCUAUGUUAUUCACCAGGCUGGCAAUGCCAAAUUUAAUCGAGCUAAACUGCUGAAUGUGGGAUACCUAGAAGCCCUAAAAGAAGCGAACUGGGACUGUUUCAUUUUCCAUGAUGUGGAUCUGGUGCCAGAAAACGACUUUAACAUUUACAUGUGUGACACACAACCAAAGCACCUUGUAGUUGGCAGGAACAAUACUGGAUACAGGUUACGGUACCGAGGAUAUUUUGGAGGUGUAACUGCUCUAACAAGAGAUCAGUUUUCCAAAGUGAAUGGAUUCUCCAACAGCUACUGGGGCUGGGGUGGAGAAGAUGAUGACCUUAGAAUCAGGGUCGAGAUGCAGAAGAUGAAAGUGGUGAGACCAUCAGCUGACAUAGCCAGGUACACGAUGAUCUUCCACAACCGAGACCCUGGCAACGAGGAGAAUCGAGAGAGGAUGAAGCUUCUACGUCAGGUGUCUAGAACAUGGAAAACAGAUGGGCUGAAUUCUUGUUCCUAUAAACUGCUCUCGGUGGAACACAACCCUUUGUACAUCAACAUCACGGUGGAUUUCAGUGUGCAGCCCAAGGUCUCAUAGGGGCAAGUGCCACACAGGCUCUAGGAAAUGGCA